AUUCGCCUUAAUAUAUACCCGCGAUCCGCGUCGGCCGCACGCAAUGCGACCCCGACAGAACGUAUCCGAACGUUCCAUUAACUGAUACUUUACGUCUAUGCUAGAGAAGAUAUCCGAACAUUUAAGUGACAGAUGACUUUUUAAUUUUUGUUUUUUUAAACGUAAAUAUUGACAAUGGAAGUUAGUGCGAUGCCACCGAUGCCACUGGACUUCUCGAUGGUACGGAAUGACAGUUCACCGGGGGGAGGUAUGAGAGAAGAAUCACCAAGGCCGGUGUCAAAUAGCGCUUUCAGAGUUGUUACGCCGAAAGGUAUUUCUGCCAGUGAAGCUUUGAGAAAUGGCAUAUGCCAGUCGCUAUGGGGCUCCGCCGUGCAGCGCCCGGAGCCUCGACUGGCCUCGCCUCCACCGCCACAAACGCACGACUCUUACAAUGUUAGAGAAGAAAUAAAAUUCGGCAUCGACAGACUUGUUGGGGAAAGACACGAUGAAGAAGAAGACGAGACACAUAAUAUGGAAACAAUAAGACCCGACAACGUUUCACCAAACUCCAGAUGUGGUAGCCCAUGUUGGGCUCCUUCACCACAAUCCCCCCGUUCCAUUCGAUCCAGUUCCCCUGAACUAGAAGUCGAUUCUCCUCCAUCUUCACCCAGAAGACUACCAGAUUCAUCACCCCCUUUAAAAAGAUCAGAGGCAUUCUCAGUAAGCGCUCUACUAAGACCAGAUGCGCCGAGAGUACAGCCACAAAGACCGUUCCUAUAUCCGCCACUACCUUUCGCGGAAUUCCUCAGAGAUGCAGGUAGUCUUGGUCUUCCUGGAUGGGGUGGAUAUAGCAACUUGUAUCUGCACGCCGUGCAAGCGGCUGGACCUGAGUUACUUAGACUACGUGCUGCGGUACUCGGCGCUCCUAGUCCUUUAACCAGACCAUUGCCUAUUGGAGAUGUCUACUCGUGUGUAAAAUGCGAAAAGAUGUUCAGUACCCCUCAUGGAUUAGAAGUACACGCUCGAAGGUCUCAUAAUGGAAAGAGACCAUUUGCCUGCGAACUGUGCAGCAAGACUUUCGGACAUGAAAUCAGUCUGAGCCAGCAUAGGGCCGUGCACAGCGUGGAGAAAGUCUUCGAGUGUAAGCAGUGCGGGAAGACGUUCAAGCGGUCGAGUACUCUCUCCACACAUCUUCUGAUUCACUCUGAUACGCGGCCUUACCCCUGCCAGUACUGCGGGAAGCGCUUCCACCAGAAGUCAGAUAUGAAGAAACACACAUACAUACACACAGGUGAGAAGCCUCACAAAUGCCAGGUGUGCGGCAAAGCGUUCAGUCAAAGCUCCAAUCUGAUCACACACUCCCGCAAGCACACCGGGUUUAAGCCGUUUGCGUGCGAGCUAUGCGGGCGCGCCUUCCAACGCAAAGUUGACUUGCGACGACACCGAGAGACCCAGCACGCGGACCUCAGAGCCCCGCAACAUCUACCCCACACUGACGUGCAUGGUAUGCACGCACAAGAUAUGCAUGCGGUCGAUCAUCGAAUAGACCUUCGUCCCCCGCACCCCGAGCUGCGCCCCCCGCAUCCCGACUUCCGCAGCCACCUGAGCAGCGCUGUGCAACCCCUGCAGGCGUUGCCCUCCUGAACCUCGACAGCCUUCGCGCCACCCGACUGGCGUUGAGGCAAUCCCACACUUACCACUUAAGUCUUAGAGUUCAAUUUUCAGUGGGCGCUUGUACCUAGGUUUGCACCAAAGAUUCUUUCGAGGUAUCAAUGUGAUUUUAUUGUGAAUGUUCAAUCUAUCUGGAUUUAUGAUGCGCCUAUAACAUGUAUUGUAAACUAUUGCCAAUUAUUUUUUUGGAGUUAUUGACAUUACACACAUGUUUUUAAUAUAGUUUCGAUGUUAUAUGCAAAUCUAUUAGACAGAUUAGAUAAUGGAUCCUUAGCAAAACCAUUAGAAAGUAGAAAUAAUACCUUGUUUCUAUAGCUGUAAAGUUUAAUUUCCAAAGCGCUAUUGCGACAUAUGAUCCUAGAUAUAGUCAUGUAAACCUAAGAGGUAUGUGAAAUAAAAAAUACUUUGUAAGCAUUAUAUAAAAGGCUUCAUUUUGUGAUCUCAUCGUGAAAGUACAGGCUGUCUUGUUUAUUCUUAAGUUUGGUUUAAAUAUUCGGUGUUUGUACUAACAUGACAUUUGUAAAAUUAAAUAGAUAUUUUGGUUACCAAGCUAUUUCAUACAAACAGCUUUUAAAUUCAUUACAUUAGUAUUGUAUUGAUAAUCUAUGUUACCAAAAGAACAUCCAUAGUUUUCGAAAAAAAAAAUAAUUCUAACCUAAAAACUGUUUUCGUUUACAGACUUUGUUAAUUGUAAAAUGUCUUAGUACAUACGUAUGUAUAUUUUGCACUCCAUUAGUUUGUAAAUCUAAACAAAAUGCAAGUUAUAAAAACAUGCUUAUCAUUCCAAAAAUGUAUACUUGUUCCAUUUUUUAGCAUUCCUAUGAAAUGACAUUUAGGAUGAGUUAAGAGUUUUAAAAUGUAAUACCAAAAAUGUUGUUAAAACAACAUAAAUGCAUACUUCAUAUCAUAGUUCGUGUAAUUGUAUUGGCAAUAAUAUGUAGACGU